AUGAUGCUUAUUGUGUAUGGCAUACAUGCUAGGAAUGCCAUAGAGAAGGAUAAUCCAAAUCUGUUUUAUGUAACAUGGAGAGUGGGAUCCCCUAAUGUGGUACUUCACAGUGAUGGGAAAACAGAAUUUCAACUUGCUCUUCUCAUUGACAGCAACUGCAACUUUGACCUCUUCUAUUAUCCAUUAGAUAGCAGCCAGUGCUUUUUGAGCUUUUUCUCACUGGACAGCAAAGUCAGUGAGCUGAAAUUCAGCACCUCCAUUGCAAAUGAAAUUCUGAAUUUAAAGUGUGAAUAUCUCAUCACAAAUGUGAACAUUACAAGCCAAAGGAAUAUGGCCCAGCCUUAUUUUGCGGUCAUGAUAAGUUUAAAAAACACAGGAAUACGAGUCAUCCUUUCCUCAGUAUUGCCAAGCUUUGCAGUUGAGAUAGCAGAUCUCUGUGGCUUCUUUAUCCGUCUCCAAGACAGACUGUCAUACAGGAUCACUUUGCUUUUGGCAUAUCUGUCUUCUAUUAUUGGCUCCCUGCCGGAAUCCUCCUCCUGUAAUCCACUGCUCAGUUAUUACUACACUGACCUUCUCAUGUUACUAUUCCUUAGCACAACUGAAACUAUUUUGGUGCAGAAAGUGGUCACAGAUAAUGCAAAUCUUUGUCUGAAUUACGGAUUUAAACAAAAAAAGAAGGGAACUUCUACAGCAUCAACUUCUACAGGAUUAGAACAUGCAAAGGAUCUUAAGAUAUAA